AUGACCCUGACUCCUGAUGGUCAAUGUCAAGUGCAGCACCUUCCCUUCGCUUCCAUCUGCGAAAUGUUGGAACACUUUCAUCAGGAGCCCAUUCCUUUGGAACAUCCCCCAACUGUCACGGGUCAGUCGUCACAACCACCCCUCCCUCCUCAUUCUGGUGAUUCAAUUGGUAAGCCUCAACAGGUUAUCGAUACAAGCCCUCCCCCUCCCGUGACCCUCUCUGCUUAUGUCGUUAACACUCGUCGGGCAGCUGGUCGAAUUUGCGGUCCUGGUGGCGUGAACCCCUCACAAUGGCCACGUCUGGUUCUCUGUCGGGGUUCUGUGCGAGCUAGUAUCAAUACUGUCUGCUCUGAUGUUGCCUCUGUGGCGGCUAGUGUCGCUACACGAGCCGUGCAGAACCAGUACAUUCUUAUGUGA